AUGUCUGAGACUUUCGAGUUCCAGGCUGAGAUCUCUCAGCUGCUCUCUCUCAUCAUCAACACCGUCUACUCCAACAAGGAGAUCUUCCUGAGAGAAAUCAUCUCCAACGCCUCAGAUGCUCUGGACAAGAUCAGAUAUGAGGCCUUGUCCGACCCCAGCAAGCUGGACUCCGGCAAGGACCUCCGCAUCGACCUCAUCCCCGACAAGGAGAACAAGACCCUCACCAUCCAGGAUACCGGUAUCGGUAUGACCAAGGCUGAUCUCGUCAACAACCUGGGUACCAUUGCCCGCUCCGGCACCAAGCAGUUCAUGGAGGCCCUCACCGCUGGCGCUGAUAUCUCCAUGAUUGGUCAGUUCGGCGUUGGUUUCUACUCUGCCUACCUGGUCGCCGACCGUGUCACCGUCAUCUCAAAGAACAACGAUGACGAGCAGUACAUCUGGGAGUCCAGCGCCGGCGGUACCUUCAGCAUCACUGCCGAUACUGAGGGCGAGCAGAUUGGCCGCGGUACCAAGAUCAUCCUUCACUUGAAGGAUGAGCAGACCGAUUACCUCAACGAGAGCAAGAUCAAGGAGGUCAUCAAGAAGCACUCCGAGUUCAUCUCUUACCCCAUCUACCUCCACGUCCUCAAGGAGACCGAGAAGGAGGUCCCUGAUGAGGACGCCGAGGAGGUUGAGGAGGGCGACGACAAGAAGCCCAAGAUCGAGGAGGUCGACGAUGAGGAGGAGGAGAAGGAGAAGAAGCCCAAGACAAAGAAGAUCAAGGAGUCCAAGAUCGAGGAGGAGGAACUCAACAAGCAGAAGCCCAUCUGGACUCGUAACCCCCAGGACAUCAGCCAGGAGGAGUACGCUGCUUUCUACAAGUCCCUGUCCAACGAUUGGGAGGACCACCUUGCUGUCAAGCACUUCUCAGUUGAGGGUCAGCUUGAGUUCCGAGCUAUCCUGUUCGUUCCCAAGCGUGCUCCCUUCGACCUGUUCGAGACCAAGAAGACCAAGAACAACAUCAAGCUCUACGUCCGCCGUGUCUUCAUCACUGAUGAUGCCACUGACCUCAUUCCUGAGUGGCUCAGCUUCGUCAAGGGUGUUGUCGACUCUGAGGAUCUUCCCCUGAACCUGUCUCGUGAGACUCUCCAGCAGAACAAGAUCAUGAAGGUCAUCAAGAAGAACAUUGUCAAGAAGUCCCUGGAGCUUUUCCAGGAGAUUGCUGAGGACAAGGAGCAGUUCGACAAGUUCUACAGCGCCUUCUCCAAGAACCUGAAGCUGGGUAUUCACGAGGACUCUCAGAACCGCAACGUUCUUGCCAAGCUGCUGCGCUUCAACUCCACCAAGUCUGGCGAUGAGCAGACCUCUCUGGCUGACUACGUCACCCGCAUGCCUGAGCACCAGAAGAACAUGUACUACAUCACUGGCGAGUCCAUCAAGGCCGUCUCCAAGUCUCCCUUCCUUGACUCUCUCAAGGAGAAGGGCUUCGAGGUUCUGUUCCUGGUCGACCCCAUUGAUGAGUAUGCCAUGACUCAGCUCAAGGAGUUCGAGGGCAAGAAGCUUGUUGAUAUCACCAAGGACUUCGAGCUUGAGGAGACCGAGGAGGAGAAGAAGGCCCGUGAGGAGGAGGAGAAGGAGUACGAGGAUCUCGCCAAGGCGCUGAAGAACGUUCUCGGCGACAAGGUUGAGAAGGUCGUCGUCUCCCACAAGCUGGUUGGUGCUCCUUGCGCCAUCCGCACUGGCCAGUUCGGCUGGUCUGCCAACAUGGAGCGUAUCAUGAAGGCUCAGGCUCUCCGUGACACCUCCAUGAGCAGCUACAUGUCUUCCAAGAAGACUUUCGAGAUCUCCCCCAAGAGCUCCAUCAUCAAGGAGCUCAAGAAGAAGGUCGAGGCUGAUGGUGAGAACGACCGCACCGUCAAGUCCAUCGUCCAGCUGCUGUUCGAGACCUCCCUGCUUGUCUCUGGCUUCACCAUUGACGAGCCUGCUGGCUUCGCCGAGCGCAUCCACAAGCUGGUGUCUCUCGGCCUGAACAUCGAUGAGGAGCCCGAGGCUUCCGCCGAUGCUCCUGCCGCCGAUGCCUCUGCCCCUGCGGCGGAGACUGGCGACAGCGCCAUGGAGGAGGUCGACUAA